AUGUUCCAGCAGAAAAAGAAGGGAAGUCAAGCACUUUGUGUAGCUGCUUGGUCACGAAGUGGUUUUGUUGAUUUGAUAACUCCAUCUACUCACGCGGUGUACGUAAAACUGAUUGUCUCCUGUCUUGACUAUGAAUUCGACUACUGUAGUCUUACGAAAGUGAUACUACAAAAAGCUCUAACGUCAGCUUGCGAGUCUGCUCGUCGUUGGUGUACGAAAUUCUUAUCCACAUUAGCUCAUCGACGUCCUCCAAAUUUCUCCGAUUGGGGCUUUCGUCUUCUUCUUGGACAGUUGGCGGAUCAGUCAGUGAAGGUCAUCCGUGACGCUAUCCGGAUCUUGCACACAUGGCUGCCGGUUUAUAAAGAUGCUGCGCGAUGGUUGAGGACUGCUCAACUGGACAAUUUCGGCGAGGCAGGAAUUCUGUUGAAAGUACAUAUCUAUAGAGAUGAGCAUUUAUGUCUCCUCGAUGAGGGUAAAACUCGCGAAAGUGUCUUAUUCUGGUUGGAGUCUUUCAACGUGAGGUACGUCGAAGCUAUCGAUGAUGAUAUAAGAGAUGCGCUUUUUUCUGUACGAAGAACAGUGAGUGGAACAUUUUCAAGAGCGAGUGGAGAACGUGCUGAAAAUUUUGGUCAUCCUGCCCCACCUCACCUGUUUGCCUCUCUCUGUAACCAUGAAUUUGGUCGAAGUGUUCUGUGUCAUUUGAACGUGAUCGAUUCUCUUGUUAAUGAUUUACUGAGCGUUCAAGAGCCGAAGAAAGUUAAAGCUACCCUCAUGGCUCUUGGUCACAUCGGAAGUGUCAACGAAGGUUUCAAACUACUUCCUCCUGAUGUUGUUCCGCAGAUGGUUCGAAUAGCUGAGGAAUCGGCGAUACUUAGUCAACGUGGAUAUGCCUUUUGGGCUCUUAACAUCUUAAGCCUGUCACUUAAUGGAUCUGCAGCGUUGGCUCGUCUUGGAUGGGAAAGUAAUCGUUAUUGUGAUAUUGGCAAUAAGCAAAAGAGGGAAGAUGGUAGACUCAGGUUUCAAACACACUGUUCCCAUCCUUCUCAGGUUAUUGUACCGAAAGGUUCCUCCGACGAAAAUGACACUUUUUUCGUUUCCCAUGGGCGUAAUCGAUCGAUGAGCAUGACAGCAAUUGCAUUAACGAGUCUUCCGCUUCGUCCCAGCAUACCGUUGCGGCGAACGAAAAGUGCAUCUGCCGUUUAUAUAAGUAAAGAUCCUAAGAAAAUCCUACCAGCUGACAUUGAUGGUGUACUUCUACGUCACGAACGAGAUGUUGCCUGGGAUUCUAUACUCACAAAAGGUUUCGGUUCUCCAAGUGAAGAAAGUAGUGAAGCUGGUAGACGUGUAACGAUGACGGUGGACUCGAUGGUAAGCGAAUGGGAGUCGCGCUCAAGAACCUCUACCAUUGUGUAUUGCCUUAAUCAGGGAUUCGUAGUCAACCGCAAACACCUCAUCAUACAAGGAACGGUAGAGUUUAAUAAGCUGUUGGAUAAAAGAGAAACCAUUUCACAGAUAGCCGACUUGGUUCGUGAUCCUCACUUCGCCAAUGCUAUUAGGGACAAGUGGAAAUUAGCUCAAAUAAAAACGAAACGAUAUGUGGAAGUGAAUCAAAGCGUUGGAGACCGCGCUAGAUAUGUAUACAUGACAAAAGAUGAGGAGUUGUCGUUGUCACGGUUUCGCCGUGAGAUGCUAGCAGAUCCUUGGCUUUUUGAUGAGCUAUGUCGAUUCAAUCCAGACUCGACUUGUGUUACGCAGAGAAGCCACCCUCGUCAUGUCACUGCUCUACCUUCUGAUAUUGAUGUCAUGUGUUCGCUCGAGGAUCGUGGUGCUCGAAGUGGUCACGGGCGUAGCCAGAGAAGCAAUGCACGGAUCAAACAUUCCGCUUACCGCUGCUUCUAUUGUAGUUCUGCUGAUAAAGGUGAUUUCGUUCUUCCGUCACACGAGGAUGUUUCACAUUUACGGCGAGAAGUUCUGAACCAAGUGGACAUGUUGGAAAUUCAGCAGUCAACACCAGAGAAAAAACUUCUCAUGCUUCGGAAAUCCUUCCCGUGGUUAUUCGAGUGGCCAUGCCUUUAUGCUGAUGUGCUUGAGCUUCUCGACGAGUACCGCUUCAAAUCCAAAUCACGUGCAUUCCUUCAGGAAAUUUUCUAUGAUGCUUUAAGAAUAUGA